UUGAUUUCCGAUGUCGUCUGAACCGUUGAUUCAACCGUCGGAAGCAUUGUCGGGAUCUCAGUCGUCACGGCAAUGGAUUUUCGAAGAGUUGCCGAAGGCCACCAUCAUAUCGGUGUCGCGACCAGAGACCGGAGAUAUUAGCCCAAUCCUCCUUUCUUAUACCAUUGAGUUGCAGUACAAACAGUUCAAGUGGCGUCUACUGAAGAAAGCAUCACAAGUUCUCUAUUUACAGUUCGCUUUGCGGAAACGUGCAUUAAUUGAAGACCUUUACGAGGUAAAAGAAUGGCUUCAAAGCUUAGGAAUAGCAGAUCAAACUGUGAUGGUGCAAGAUGACGAAGAACCUGAUGAUGGAGCUGUACCUUUACAUCAGGAAGACAGUGUUAAAAGCAGAUAUGUUCCAUCCAUAGCUGCUCUCUCAAUAAUUCGUCCAUCACUAGGAGGUCAGCAGUCAGUUGCGGAUAGAGCCAAAGUCUCAAUGCAGGGUUAUCUGAAUCAUUUUUUAGGAAACCUGGAUAUUGUGAAUUCUCAAGAGGUCUGCAGGUUUUUGGAGGUCUCCAAGCUAUCUUUUUUACAGGAGUAUGGUCCAAAACUGAAAGAGGGAUAUGUAACAGUGAAGCAUUUGUCAAAUAUUUCGCAGGAUUCAGAUGUAACAUGCCUUCCAUGUGAUUGGUUUCGUUGGUGCGAUAACAAGUGGGAGAAGGUAUGGGCUGUUUUGAAACCUGGGUUUUUGGCAUUGCUGGAUGAUCCUUUCAACAACAAACCACUGGAUAUAAUUGUUUUUGAUGUCCUCCCAUCCUCAAAUGGAGAUGAAGGGAUCAAACUACAUUUAGCUGAUCCUAUAAAGGAACGCAAUCCUUUGUGUUACACAUUUAAGGUUACUACUGGUAGUAGGAGCAUAUGGUUGAGAACUACCAGUAGUGCUAAAGUUAAAUCCUGGGUUACUGCAAUUAAUGAAACUGGUCUAAGACCUAUGGAGGGUUGGUGUUGUCCUCAUCGCUUUGGUUCAUUUGCUCCCGAAAGAGGUUUGACAGAAGAUGGGAGCCAAGCCCAAUGGUUUGUAGAUGGACAGGCAGCAUUUGAAGCAAUUGCUUCUUCAAUUCAAGAUGCAAAAUCAGAGAUCUUUAUUACAGGAUGGUGGCUUUGCCCAGAGCUAUAUCUGAAACGGCCUUUUGAUAGUUUUCCUACCUUUAGGUUAGAGUCAUUACUAGAAGAAAAGGCUAAGCAAGGGGUUCAGAUCUAUGUGCUUCUUUACAAGGAGGUUUCUCUAGCUUUGAAAAUCAACAGCUUGUACAGUAUGAGAAGAUUGCUCAAAAUUCAUGAGAAUGUGAGGGUAUUGCGCUAUCCUGACCAUUUCGCCAGUCGUGUGUAUUAUUGGUCGCACCAUGAAAAACUUGUAAUUGUUGAUUACAAGAUUUGCUAUAUUGGAGGAUUAGAUUUAUGCUUUGGUCGAUAUGACACACCUGAACAUAAAGUGGGUGAUUGCCCCUCUGUCAUAUGGCCUGGAAAGGACUAUUACAACCCAAGAGAAUCUGAACCAAAUUCAUGGGAAGACACCAUGAGAGAUGAAUUGGAUCGCAAGAAACAUCCCCGUAUGCCAUGGCAUGAUGUCCAAUGUGCUCUUUGGGGACCUCCCUGUCGCGACAUUGCUCGGCACUUUGUUCAACGUUGGAACCAUGCUAAGAGAACUAAAGCUCCAAAUGAACUUGCGAUUCCACUACUUAUGCCUCACCAUCACAUGGUCAUCCCUCAUUACUUGGGAAGAAGGAAAGAGAUAGACAUUGAUGGAAAGAAAGAUGAAGACAAGAACAAAGAAAUUGACAUGCAGGAUUCAUUUUCCUCACAGUCUCCAAUGCAAGAUAUACCACUACUUUUACCUCAAGAAGCUGUUGGAUUAGUUACUUCAAAAGGAGAUGAUACAAAUUUUAGUGGAAGUUCUCCACUAUUGUCCCAAAAGCUGGAACAUGAAACUUUAGUUUCAGACACCCAGAUGAAAGGAUUUGAAGAUGAAGUUGUUCCUUUUGACUUGGGGGCACAACCUGUUGUUGAUGAUCUAGAAGAUUGGGGGGAAACACCAGAAGGUACCAAUGAAUAUGGACAAGUUGGUCCAUGUACUACUUGUCACUGUCAGGUGCUCAGAAGUGUCGACCACUGGUCUGCUGGAACAGGUCAGACUGAAAAAAGCAUCCACACUGCAUAUUGUUCUCUUAUUGAAAAAGCAGAGCAUUUUAUCUACAUUGAGAAUCAAUUUUUUAUAUCAGGUCUAGAAGGGGAUGACGUAAUACAGAACCGUAUUUUGGAAGCACUAUACAGGCGUAUUUUGCUAGCCCACAAAGAACAGAAAAAUUUUAGAGUUAUAAUUGUAAUGCCCCUCUUGCCUGGCUUCCAGGGUGGUCUGGAUGAUGGUGGUGCUGCAACUGUGAGAGCCUUAACUCAUUGGCAGUAUAGAACAAUUUCUAGAGAAAAGCACUCCAUAUUACAAAAUCUUGAAGCUAUACUUGGUCAUAAAACACAUGAUUAUAUUUCUUUUUACGGUCUACGAUCUCAUGGUAGACUUCAUGAUGAAGGUCCUAUGGCUACAAGUCAGGUAUACGUGCACAGUAAAUUGAUGAUAAUUGAUGACCGUGUAGCUCUUAUUGGAUCAUCUAAUAUAAAUGACCGGAGUUUGCUUGGAUUUAGAGACUCUGAGAUCGGAGUGCUUAUAGAAGACAAAGAACAUAUUGAAUCAUUGAUGAAUGGAAAGCCAUGGAAUGCUGGGAAAUUUUCCUAUAGCCUCCGCUGCUCCCUAUGGUCUGAGCACCUUGGUCUUCAUACAGGAGAGAUCAGUAAAAUCAGAGAUCCAGUGGCAAACACAACCUACAAGGAUUUGUGGUCAGCAACUGCAAAGGAAAAUACUAGGAUAUACCAUGAGGUGUUCGCUUGCAUUCCCAAUGAUCAGAUACACUCCAGGUGUGGAUUUAUCCCAGUUUUCUUCUAUUGUGUUUUCUUCUCUCUUUUUACUUUUAGUUACUUUCCAACAAUAUGCAGAGCUGCACUUCGGCAAAGCAUGGCACAGUGGAAGGAAAGACUUGGCCAUACCACCAUAGAUUUGGGAAUAGCCCCUAAUAAAAUAUUCUGUCAUGAGAAUGGAGAAAUCAAAGUAAUAGACCCCAUAGAAAGAUUGAAGUCUGUAAAGGGACAUCUUGUUUCUUUUCCUUUGGAGUUCAUGCGUGAGGAAGAUCUAAGACCAGUUGCUAUUGAGAGUGAGUUUUAUGUAGCUCCUCAUGUAUAUCAUUAAGUAUGGUUGUUUAGUUAGAAGCCGAGAAAAAGGGGGAUUUAUUUUGGAGUUUAAAGUUCAUGUGUGAGGAUGAUUUAGGACCAGUUGUUAUUGUUAUUGAGAGUGAUUUUUAUGUAUCUCCUCAAGUAUCAUGUCAUUAAGUAUGGAGAGUGUGAAAAGGGGGAGAUAUUAAUUAUUUUUUUCAUGUAAAUGAGAGGACUAGCAAUACCUUUGCGGGUACUCUCUUAAUAGUUUAUAGGAAAUAUGGAAGAUAGAUUGGGAGUGAAAGGAUUUGUCAAGAUUGAACACGGGCAAAUAAAUUAAGCUGAAGGAGAAAGGGCAUACUAUAUAUAGUCAUUAGUUAGCUAUGGCUAUAUAUUAACAACAGUUUUAGAAAGGGAAGUGAUUGUGCAGAAUCCUUUGUAAAUAUCGCAGUUCAGAAUUAGAUGGCAAUUCUUCACCCAAAUAAUUAGAUAGCAAUAUGCCCCAUGCAACCUUCAUAUUGUACAGCGUUAUUUCAUCCGUUGUAAAGGAAAUUGUAUAUAUAUCUUCUUCGAUUGACCUUGGAAUUGUUCAUGUAUUAUUCUUUU